AUGACAAUUUUUGACUGCUGGAGUUGCAGAUGUUUGCGGAUACCCCUGUCCGGCUUGAGCUGCAGCGCUUGGAUCGGCUCGAGCUGCGCAGCUGCGUCUCUCUGGGGCCACUGGCGUGGCCUGCCGUGGCUCGCCAUGGACAAGGUAAUGCCAGUGGUCGGCGGCCUGGCCAGUGUGUGGGCAGCGUACAAGGUCAUCCCAGUGAUGUACCGUUGGGAGCUCAUCCCUGGUGUUGCAUCAGAGGAGUGGUGGGCGCGCGCCAAAACGAUUCGCUACGACCACUACACGGAGGGCAUCGUGUAUUCACCCUAUGACACUGGUGAGCCCAUCAGAGAGAUGCCGGAAGAGUGCAAAGGCAAGAUGCUGCUGAAACAAAGGCGGGGAGGUUGGAAGCUUCAGAGCGAGAUGGAGGAGUAG